GCUUCUCCAGUUCUCACUCCCAUUGGGUGUCCGAAGUCUAGAUCGGCUACUCAGCGUUCACCGCGGGUAGAUUUGAAAAUUCUCUCCACUAGAGGAACUCAUCCUCCGCCAACGCUCAGGGAUCUCAUGGGACCCGGACCCCUGCUCCUGUUGCUUCGGGCCCUGACCGAGACCUGGGCUGGUCCCCCUGCCCGGACCAGCCCGCCUGCAGUCCCAGGAAACGCCUCCUCCAAGUCCCCAGACCCCCACAGCCUGAGAUAUUCCAUCACCUACAUGUCUGGACCAAGCAGCGGGAAGAACCGGUACAUCGUCGUCAUCUACGUGGACGACACGGGGAUCUUGCGGUUCGACAGCAACGCCAUGAGUCCCAGGCUGGAGCCGAGGGUGCCGUGGAUGGAGCAGCCGUGGGUGGAGCAGGAGGGCGCACAGUUUUGGGAGGAGCAGACGCGGGAGAUCAAGCACAAGGAACAGUGGAGCAGAGCGAACUUGAACAAACUGCGCGCCCACUACAACCAGAGCGAGGACGUGUCACACACCUUCCAGGAAAUGACCGGCUGCGUAGCGGGGUCCGACAGGCGCUUCUUCGGUGGGUACAGUCAGUUCGCCUACGAUGGUACCGACUAUGUCGCCCUGAACCCAGACCAACGAUUGUGGACUGCUGCUGCAGGGAUCAGCUGGAGCAACGUUGUGCGGGUCCCUGACGCAGACGUCCAAACGGUCUUCCUGGAGGACACGUGCGUGGACCGGCUCUACCUGCUCCUGGAGAAGGGGAAGGACACGCUGCUCAGAGCAGACCCUCCAAAAACACUCCUGACCCACCACCCCAUUUCUGACCAUGAGGUCACCCUGAGGUGCUGGGCCCUGGCCUUCUAUCCUGCGGACAUCACCCUGACCUGGCAGUGUGAAGGGGAGGACCUGACCCAGGACAUGGAGCUUGUGGACACCAGGCCUGCAGGGGACGGGACCUUCCAGAAGUGGGCAGCUGUGGCCGUGCUCCCUGGAGAGGAGCAGAGAUACACAUGCCAUGUGCAGCACCCGGGGCUGCCUGAGCCCCUGACCCUGAGAUGGGACCCCUCUCCUCAGACCACCAUCACCAUCAUGGUCAUCGCUGCUGCCCUGGGUCUCCUUGGAGCCGUGGUCACUGGAGCUGUGCUGUGGAGGAGGAAGUGCUCAGACAGAAGCAGGGAGAGAUACACUCAGGCUGCCUGCAGCGACAGCGCCCAGGGCUCUGAUGUCUCUCACAGCUCCUGAUGCGUGACAGAGCUUUCUAGGGGAUUUGGUGCUAAAACAGUCACUGCAGCCUCCUCUUGGGACUUUAAGGAUCCCUGACUGCUGUUUCUGCACCAGCAUUGGAACGACGUCUGCAUCCUUAUCAGCAUCAGUGAGGAGCUGGUCACCAGGCCACUCUCCCCACAGGGACCUGCAUCAUCUCCCCUGGGGACUGUCCUGUCCUAGCUGAGAUGGGGUGAGACCAUCCCCAUCCUGCUCAUUCCUCAGCUGGGUCAUCUUUGUUGCUCUUUUGUCCUCACCACUUCAGGAGAACCUUGUCCCACCAGGACCUGGGAUCCCAGGGACUAGAGUGUCACCCAGCUCUUGUCCUGGCUCCAGGACUGUGCUCAGUGAGGGCUUCCUGUGGCUGCGUCAGCUUGGGCUCCAGCUGGGGCUGGCCCCUCAGCCCCUACCUUUUGUAUAUUUGUUGUUUUUGUAGGUAUUGUACCUAUCCUUGUUUUUUUUUAUUAUUAUUAUUCGGGUGUUUUUUAUUAAAUUAUUAGGGGUUUUUUUUACUGUUGUUCAAUUACUGGCUUCUCAGUUUUCCCCACUGCUCUCCCGUUCCACCCAUACCUCCUAAGUUAUUACAGUACAAUUUUUUAUUAAGUUUAUUGCAGUUGGAGGAUCAUCCCAAUAGGCCAAGACUGCAGGUUUGACCCCUUGUCAGGAGCCAUACAAAGUCAACCAAUGACUGUAUGAGUAAGUGGGACGACCAACCGACAUCUCCCUCCGACUCUCUGAAAACAAAUUGCUUUUUGAAAAAGAAAUUGUAGCCCCACACAGGACGGGGGUCAGAGGUGGGGCCCUGGCAGGUGCUCAGACCAGGAGGGCAGGGCUGUGGUGAGCAGGCUGGGAAAUGGCUGCAGAGAGUGCCCUGGCCCUUCCCCCAUGGGAGGCCUCUGUCCCCCACCCCUGUGCUCCCCUGUCCAGGGCCCUUUCCCCACUCCCGUGUUCCUCCACCCAGGACCAGCUCAGCCAGUGAGACCAUGCGGUCCUCCUGGGAGGUGGGAACGACAGCCCGGCAGCUGGGCGCACCUGUGCAGAGUUACCCACAGUGCACUUCAGCCUCAGGUCCAUCCCUGCUGGGGCACAUAUACAUACUUGCACAAAAAUAUGUAUAUAAACACACUGCUGUUACUUCAAACAUAUUGCUAAAAGAUAAGUAUUUCUACUUGCUCCUUUUUCCGUUUAAUUUUCUUAAAUCUUCAUCUGAGUGUUGUUUUCCUCCCACUGUUUAUAGAGACAGAAGAAGGAAAAGAGAAACAUCCAUGUGAGAGACCAGUUACCUCGGGCAAGUGUCCCAAUUAGGACUUGAACCCGCAACCUUGGCCUAUCGGGAUGAUGCUCUAACCAGCUGAGCUACCUGACAAGGGCAAAACAUUCUCAUAGUAGGAACUCUAAGGGUGUGUGUGUGGGGGCGGAGGGGGCGGUGUACAGGGUUUUGUGUGUGUGUCCCCUGCCACACACUCAGGCUGGGGACCUGGUGGUAUCAAACUGUCUUCAUGAGCCAGACAGUACACAUGUCAGGCACUAGGGACCACACCGUCUGUGCCACCUGCUUAGGGCUGCCUCUGUAGCCACAGGUGUGGCUGCGUCCCCAUCAGCUUUGUUUGGGGAAUUGAGCAGCCAGCCCACCGGCCGCUGUGCUGACUCGGGUGGGGAUGUCCAUUCCAGGACCUGCCGUGGUUUGUCCUCGGCACCAGGAAGGAUGAGUUGCAGACUGGAAGCAUGAAACGCGUGCCAGUCCCACUCGGUGGGACGGGCGGCAACACUAAGGGACCAACCAGGGACGGAUGGUCCUCUGCAGAGCGCAGCAAGCCUGGAGAGAAGCCAGCGUUUCUGGUGAGGGAGGCCUGAGGCCAAGGCUGGCUGAGAGGUGUGGUGCAUGUCGGAGUGGAUUCGUGACAAGAACCUGCAGCUGGGCAUCACUGAGAAAACACACGCGGGCGAGGCCACCCUAGAGCACGUGUGAGCUCAUGUGUGGCGUCCAGAGCCUGGGAGACUCGGCCCAAGCCCUGGCCGGGCCGCGGCCUCUGCUGACCCCUGCUGGCCGUCAACUGCACCUGCCUCCUGGCCCCAGACCCCAAACUCCGGAGGGAACCAGAGCCCUGCAGCUGGGCCCGCACGCAGGGAGGCCCUCCCUGGGCUAGCGCCUGUCCACUCCUGCCAUCUGGACACAGAGACCCUGGUCAGAAACACCCACACGACCCUCCCCGACACCCACAAAGGGCCCAAGCCCUACCAUCUGACCCGUGGGGGCACGAAGACUGCUCGGAAGGAAAACAGGAGGCGCAUGUAGUAAAUAGGAGUGACCACAAGUGAGAGGCGCCCUCCCACCCACAUCCAGGGGCAGGCGGGCCCCUACAUCCCGGGUGUUAGGCUCAUAGGUGAGGGGACUCUUAAAUGACGGCUCCCCAGGAGAAGUGGUAGCUAGAAUGUUCCGCAAUGACUGCAGGAGACAUGAGACUUUUGGAGCCGAGAAGCCCAGGACAGGAUGCCAAUCAAGCCCAACGUACACACCCUGCCACUGGGGUCCUUCUCGUCCCCUUCCCCACCCUGACGGGCAUGUGACAAAGGCGGAUGCUGAGGGAAGUCUCGGACCCAGACCUUCUGCUAGAGUAAAGCACCGCACGUUUUUACUGCCUUCACUGCCUUUACUGCCUGGGGUGGCUGCCUUUCUUCAUUGACUUUAGAGACAGAGCUGCACCCCUGGGACACGGGAGGACGCUCCAGCCAAGCUAGGUUGGAGGCAUGAGCUCUGUUGGUGUGGAGGGCCCUCUCCCUUCCUCCUGCCCACGCUAAGCAUCUCCUAACCUACCCCCUCCCCAGAGACCCCAUCUCCUGGGCAGGCCCAGGAGACUGUCCCAGCACCUGAGCCCUGGACCAGCUGACCCCCAUGGCUCCACAUCCCUGGCCCGGUACAGCCCACCAGCCAAUUCCGUCCAGCCAGCCGGAACCACCUUCCAACCACCCUGACCUGCAGGAGGGAGCCCUCUUGCUGCUACCCCUCAGGGGCCAGGACCCAAGAGCUGUUCUGAGGGUGACAUGCACUCCCUCAUGGUGUUCAGCAUGGAGGAUGGUCAGCACAGGCCCCCCAGACAGCUCAGCUGCUCCCUCUGGACUGCAACUCACUUGGUCUGUACCUGCCUGUCCCUUCCUCACCUGUGCCCAGAGUGUCUCCUGGGCAAGAACAAAGGCUGGCUGACCACCGGGUGCCUGGACUGGCAGCCACCCGGGCAGGGCUGGG